CCGUAAUAAAUGUAAUUAAUACGUAGGCACCAUAAUACAUAUGCUAGGAGUAAUAAAUGACAUGAAUACAGAUGCAUUUUGUAAACAUUGAGUUAUUUAUAAAGAUAAAGAAAUGCUAUUGUAAAGAUAAAACAAUCAUAUAUUGUUUUUUUUUUAUAAAUAAUUGGGAAAACUGUCAAAUAGGUCCCCGUACUAUAUCAAAAAAGUCAAUUGAGUCCUCCUACUAUUAAAUCACUCAAUUAAAUCCCCCAACUAUCAAAAAACAUUCAAUUUGGCAUUUCAACCGGGAAUCAACCGGUAAAGAGGUUAGGCCGAUCCACGUGGGCAUAUUUUACAUUUUUCAUUUAUUUUACUUUCUUCUUUUCUUUCCCGUUCUCUGCCAUCAGGCUCUGGCCCCCUUCCGCCCAAGCCCCAAUCAGCAACAUUGUUUCUUUUUCUUCAUUCCACGCCAUCCAAUCCAGAGAAGCUAGCCAUUCAGAACUUCAAUUCAGUGAGUGCAGAAGAGGGCGAGGGCUGUAAAGGACGGCGUGGAGGCAGGGGCUUCUGCGAUGUCACCGGAAAACCUAGGUAUGGAUGCUGCGAAAUCGCCAGAGAUCUCGAACCUUCUCCCACCGAAGGUUGUUGAAGUUUUCCAUCGAGUUUGUCCAGUUGGUUUACACAUACAUAGUAAAUUAGUAAUUAAAUACUACCUCCAUCUUUCUUCUUCAGCCAAGAAACCAACUGGACACAUGACCCCUCUUUCCCUCUGCAAACCCACCCACCCAAUGUCCUCUUCUGUACUCACUGAAAUUCCUAAUAUGAGGAAUGACAAGCUUCUCUUGAUUGGAUAGGGUGGAUUGAAGAAAAAGAAAAGAUGUUGCAGGCUUGGGGCUUUGGCGGAAGAAGACGUACAACUAGCUAGAGCCAACGGAAGAGAAGGUUGAAAGAAAGAAAAAAAAUGUACUACACGUAGUAAAAUACUAAAAUCUGGCACGUGGAUCGGCCACAUGGGUAUGUUAACCCCUUUACUGGUUGUUUCCGGUUGAAAUAUCAAAUUGACUUUUUUUUAUAUAGUUGGAGGAUUUAAUUGAAUGAUACAAUAGUACAAGGACCUAAUUGACUUUUUUGAUAUAGUACGGGGACCUAUUUGACAGUUUUCCCUAAAUAAUUAGAUAUUAACUUUAAUACGGAGCUUGAGAGUCUCUCUCUAUACCUUCGUUUACUCCUAGGGCUCGGCCGCUAGGGUUAGGUUUCCGAUUUCGUUAUCUACGAAGAUCGGUAGUUCAGACGGGGAAGGCAUCGUUAGCGGCAGUCUCAGACUCGAGCAAGAAGAGCAGGGGUUUCGACCGAGACAAAGUCUUGGAUGGAAGAUAUUGUUAAUUCAUAUAAGACGAUGUCAAUUGAGAAACAAGUGAACGAGCUUAACUUCGACGAGGAGGCAGAAGAGGGAGGGGAGGAGGCGAACGAACCACAUGUCUUCCCGGUGGUUGGCCGGGGUUUUCGUCUCGGACCGAAGGGUCAAAUUGACGGGUUUCCAAGAAAUGAUGGCUUCUAUCUGGCGGCCAGGGCGAGGUAUGACUUUCAAGGAGAUUGGAGAAAAAAGGUAUUUGCUUAAUUUUAAUCAUGUUUUGGAUAUGAAUCGUGUGCUUGAAGAUGGUUCUUGGCUUUUUGAACGUGAUUUAAUCCUAUUGAAAGUUGUUCAGCCAGAUGACAUCCCUGAAACGAUGACUUUAUUUGAGGCUAGUUUUUGGGUACAGGUUCAUAAUGCCUCUAUUAAGUUUAGAAAUUUGGGAUCUGCCAGAAAAAUUGGUAAUAUUUAAGGCUCUUUUAUUAAAUUUGAGAUGAGCCAAUUUGAAGCUAAACAAAGCUCUUAUCUGCGUAUAAGGGUGUGCUUGGAUGUUCGCAGGCCUUCAAAAAGGGCACUACUUUAACAAAAGUUGGGGUUAAGCAUUGGAUUUUAAAUAUGAAAAACUACCCAACUUUUGCUUUUUGUGUGGUAUAAUUGGACAUUCUGAUAAGUUCUGUCCUUUAAAGUAUGAAGAAGGCUUUGUAGCCGAAAAGUCUUUUGGGGUGGAACUCGGAACAGGAGGAGGGUGAAGACGAGCCCAACAAGACCCAAUAAGUGACUAUCUAAUGCAACAUCGAGUUCAGGUGGAUAUGGAUAUCAGUGGAAGGCUGAUCUCGGGGGAGAAUUUACGGCUGAGUCAAAGGCCAAUAUGCAACAGAACGAGACAGAAGACAGGGAAGAAACUCCUGGAGAUACAAAGCGAAGGAGAAUUUGGGAUAAUCAGCCCAAAAGAGACACAACGGGUGAAGGAAUGACUCUGGAUUGGCCAAAAGAUGGGGAAGCGGCGGGUGAGCUGCCUUAGACCCACCGAGAUUUUAUUGGAUGGUGCUGGCGAGGAAGACUAGUGGCAGUGUUAUCUUUAUUUUCUGUUUUGUGUGCUUUUAUUUUGGAGACUACUAUCUGUUUUGCUCUUAUUCUUAUGUUCUUUUGCUUUGUAAGACUCUUGCAUUAAGUUUGGGGGAUGAAAGGUUUACGGUAACCGUGAUUGGCUUUAAGUUGCCCAAUUCAGGUCUAACGAGUUAUACUGCUUUUUUUACAGGUGGUUAACUCUCAGUCUCGGCCACAGGCGGAUGAUUAUUUGUGGUUCUUUUAUUAUCCUGUAUCUCUGCUGAAUGCUAUUUUUAUUAUGAAUUAAGCCAUCUUCGAUAAAAAAA